GAGUACAGACAAUAUCCUAGGCGGACACAGUAAGGAGAGAGUGGACUUUCCAAGUUCCUCACCAAACCAGGUGAAACUCAGACAUGGACAUUGAGUACUUGCCAUCAUAUGAGAUGUCCUGGGGUACCUUGGGUACUAUAAGGCCCUUCCUUAACUUCCAUGCUAAGAAAGAUGCUCUGAACAUUCAGGCUGCCCUGGAACAGAAAGAUGCACUUACUCUGAUAAAAAUCCUGACCAACCGUAGCAAUGCUCAAAGACAAAUCAUCGCUCAGACCUUCAAAACCAUCACRGAGAAGGAGCUGUCCUCUGGGCUGAAGAAGGCCCUGUCUGGGGAGUUGGAGAAUUUGCUGUUGGCCUUGCUGAUGACCCCACUGCAGUUUGAGGCCUAUCGUCUGAGACAAUCCAUGGAGGGCAUUGGUACAGAUGAGGAGGGUUUGCUAGAGAUUCUGUGCACCAGGUCACCCAAUGUGCUUGCCAACAUCACCUCUACCUACAAGGAGCAGUAUAAUAAGGAUCUAGAGACGGAACUGAAGGGUGAGACCAGUGGGGACUUUGCCAAACUCGUUCUGGCCUUACUCAAGAAGAAAAAGGUCGUAGGAAUGGUACAAAGAGACACAGAGGCUCUCGCUGAAGCUAUCAAUCAGGCGAAGGCAGAUCCUGGACCAUGGAUCACCAUUCUGACUACCAGAGACUCUGAACAUCUUAACAAAGUGUUCGUCAAUUUGGAGAGUGAGAAGCGAGAGACAGUGGAUGAAGCAAUAGAGAAAGCAUUCAGUGGAGAUGUGAGACUUGGGCUGAAAACAUUGGUGCGUUGCAUACAGAGCCCAAACCUCUACCUGGCUCAGAGACUGGAGACCAUGAAGGCAGCCAUAGUCCAGGGGGUGAUGGUGUCCCACAGUGAGGAGGACCUGCUGUGUGUGAGAGUGGCUUAUCUCAGACAGACAGGCACCUCACUCUAUACAGCCCUACAGAAACAAUUCAAAGGAGAUCACCUACAAGCACUGCUGGCUAUCUGUCGAUCUGAAGACUAAAGGAAUGAGUUUUGUGUACAAUUUCACAUUAGCUCAGCCUACACAUUACUAUUCACAUUUGAGUAUUUACAGUAUACAGAUGUAGGAUCUUAAUUUGAGCCAGUUUGCUACAGCAGGAAAAUAAUCCUGCAGCAACUGGAAAUGUGAA